AGUUUGUUUUGGGUGAAAUUUGAACAGGUUGCAUCACGACUAAGGAGUUGGGAACUGUGAUGCGGUCACUGGGGCAGAAUCCAACUGAGGCAGAGUUGCAGGACAUGAUAAAUGAGGUUGAUGCUGAUGGCAAUGGAACUAUUGACUUCCCAGAAUUCCUCAACCUGAUGGCCCGUAAGAUGAAGGAUACUGACUCAGAGGAGGAACUCAAGGAGGCCUUCCGAGUGUUUGACAAGGAUCAGAAUGGCUUCAUCUCAGCUGCUGAGCUCCGCCAUGUCAUGACCAACCUUGGUGAGAAGCUGACAGAUGAGGAGGUUGACGAGAUGAUCCGUGAGGCUGAUGUUGAUGGUGACGGCCAGAUCAACUAUGAGGAAUUUGUCAAAGUCAUGAUGGCCAAGUGACCUCUCUGACAUGAAAAAUAUGAGGAAAUAUCACGGAAGAUAUGCAGUAAAAUGGGAUCCCAUUCCCUCUUAUGCAGGUAGUUUAUCUGGAUAGCUUUAGUUGUGAAACAAAACAGGGAUGCCUGUUGCUCUCUCUUCUUUUGUGUCUUGUGUGGUACUGUUCAUUGUACUAUUCAUCCAUGGUUCUGUGAUUUUGUCCUGUCUGUUUCAAUCUGAGUGUUUUGGUUUUGCUUGAAUCAAUAUGUAGUCCUAUUUCUGCAUCACCCUUUUCCCAACUUCUGCAAACUGGAACAAUGAAGUCAUCCUCUUUCUUGACCUUUUUCUAUUAAAUUGAUAUUUUAUUCUGUCA